GUCGUUCAGUAGUGUGUAAGGGAGUUGCAUCUGCCAAUUCCGGUUCACUAAUUGGUAAUGUGCACAUUGGUGAAAUGUCUGCUGAUGCACCUGCGAUAGACUAGGGUCACUAGUGCACUUAAAAACAGCUGAAUCUCUAACCUAGUCUGCUGUAAAGAUCAGUGAGAGUGCGAUCACAGUUCCAUCGCAUUCUAUUAAUACAAAUAUCUGUCUCGCUCAGUCUACUUUCCGCUAUAUUGUAGUAGUUACCCAGCGAGCGUGCCUCCGCUGGAGCCGGGCACUCAGGACUGAACAAUGGCCAUUCCUGAAGACAUCAGGAGACUUUUGGAAGAUGCAGAAUAUUUUGUGGGUGAGGUUCUACAUGGAGAAAAACUGAGCAAAAAAGCAAAAGAUAAGAGAGAGGCUCUGCUGGAAGGUUUCCGUCAGGUGAAGUACAGAUAUCAACAAGAACUUCAGGUCAAAGGAGAAGCUGGUGACUGGGGGUCAAGACAGGAGGACAGUUCUGAUGAUAACCAGAGUCUGACCCACGCUCCAUCAGGCUUCUCAGACAAUGUUUCAGUCACCUCAGACAACCAGGAAGAUGUGCAAUUUGAAGACAUCGCGAUCGUCCCAGCCCAGGACCUGUCCAGCAUACUGAAGCAAGGCUAUAUGGAGAAAAAGCGCAGAGAUCAUAGUUUCUUCGGUUCAGAAUGGCGUAGACGAUUCUGUGUGUUGAGCACAAACAUAUUCUACUACUAUGGCAGCGAGAAAGAUAAGCAGCAGAGAGGUGCAUUUUAUGUUCACGACGCCUACCUGGUUCAAAAUCUCCGGAAAGAUUCCAAGAAAAAUUCAUGCUUUGAGGUCAUCAGUUCAGACAGGAAGGUAUAUCAGUUUACUGCUCAGAGUGUGCGGGAAGCCAGAGAGUGGGUGGAUCACAUCCAGUUCGUGCUGAAAGACAUGAAUUCCAACUUCAUUCCCCUGGAGGAGGAGGAGGAGGAUGAGGAGGAGGAGGAGGAUGGACUGGUGACACAUGAAGCAGUGCAGGAGGAUAUGUACGACGAUGUGGACGCAGCCCUUGUAUGUCAAAGACCCUCCCUGAAUCACCCACAAGCCAGCAUGGACAAGAACCAGGAUGAUGAGAUUUACGAAGAACUGCCAGAGGACGACUUUCCCCCACCCCCUCCCCCCGACGAAGAAGAGGAUGAGACAGACAGCCCAGGGAACACCAGCAUCAAUUACGAAGACUACUACCUCGGACUUUGGGACUGUACUGGGGAGGAGGAGGACGAGCUGUCAUUUAAACGUGGGGACAUGAUUCACAUCCUGAGCAAGGACUACAACCCCUUCGGAUGGUGGGUUGGGGAACUGCAAGGUAUCAUCGGGAUAGUACCAAAGGAUUAUCUGAUGGCUGCCUAUGAUAUUUGAAGGAUUGUCAGUGAUCCUCCAACCCCUCGAACCAGUGAUUCUCCAAACCCUACAAGGGAGGAGGUGACCUUGGAAGCAGAUCGUUGGCAUAAGGAAGUUUCUGUUGACCCUCUCUCUCCAGACUGAAGGUGUGUGACACCUGUCUAGUAAACACAGCCCAGCUGAAGACGGGCUGGGGACAGACAUCACCCACCAUUCACUCUCCCUCAAUCAAUAAAGAUGUGCUUCAGCAGUGU